GCACACAGGAAACAUGGCGCUACAAUUUUUCUAGUUUUGUGGAUUGUGCAAAAUAUUUUCCUUCUAUUUUCUCACGUUUAAAGUGCAAUUUUAUAAAUAAAAAUUGGUGAAAAAGUUUUCCCAACAAAAAUAGUUUGGUUUUGCAACAAAUUGAAGUGGCCGCGGGUGCUGGAAAUUGUUAAAAUUUAAGCGUGAAAAACGCGUCGUGAAUGUGGAUAGAAAAAUAUAUAUCAGUUGUGGUGAAGUAAAGAGUGAAAGGGUGCUGCAAGCAAACAAAUGAGCUAAAGAAAUGAGUGCUGACACAUUUGAUGAAGAAUUUUUCGAGACACGCUUGGAGGCGCUCAAAGAUACACAAGAGGGCAUACAACAGUUGUCGGCAUGGUGUCUACAACAGCGUCCACAUCAUAAGAAGAUUGUAACCUGUUGGUUGAAUGUAUUCAAAAGAGUACGCGUGGAACACAGACUAACUCUAUUCUAUUUGGCAAACGAUGUCAUACAAAAUAGCAAAAGGAAACGCUAUGAAUUUGUGGAAAGUUGGGCCACAGCGCUACAACGAGCGACAACUAUGGUGAGAGAUGAAAAGGUAAAAGGCAAGAUUUUGCGUAUUUUCGGCAUUUGGGAACAGCGCGACAUUUACAGUGAGGAAUAUAUAAGCGAUUUAUCUGGCUUGCUCAAUAUAAAUCCACCAAAGAAAUCACAAGCAGUUGUAUCUGAUUCAGCAGAUGACUAUACGAAUGGUCCAUUCAUUGCUAACAUACGUGAAUGUGUCGAGCUGUCUUUGGCGACUGAUAACAGUUUUAAAAAACUGCCUAAGGCGCCUAAUUGUGAUAUCGAGGUCAUAAAGCAACAAAUAAAGGAUAAAAGCCAUUCAGAUGACAUUGAAAAGGAAAUCGAACGUUAUACCACAUACGCUGAGGCAUAUAGUAAGCAUUUGCAAGCAGAAAUUCGUACACGCAAAGCUGUCUUAAGUAACAUUGACACAGCCAUUAAAUUCUAUGCAAAUCAACGAGGCGAAGUAAAGGUGGUAGUUAGUGCCUACAAAAAUUUCGGCAGUCGCAUAAAGCUUGUCAAGAAGAAAUUGGAUGAAAUCACACCAAACUUGCCUAGUCCCAUACCAUCGCCCGACAUAAAUGCACCGUCUCCGGAACCAGAUGCAGAUCUGCCUCUGCCUGAUGACCAAUCACCGAUCUCAAUGAAUCUAUUUAAAAAUUCAAUAAAUGGGUACUCAAGUUAUUUGGAUGGUAAAUUACCAUUUGACAUAAAUGAUUUUAAGCGUGAUGAUAACACUUCCAAUAAAUCAAGUCAGCCGAUUGAAGUAAUAGGUUCACGUUCGGACGAUGAAAGCUACAGCUCCGGCACGGAGUAUUACAAACCUGAGCCAUUAACCCCAUAUUCAAGUGGCAGCAACAUUUCCAUACCUGGUCUGAAUCCCCUGCCAGUGCCGCCUGUAGAAUCGGGUUACUCCUCACUUGCACGCUCAGCGCAGCAAUAUGGCGGUUUAUUACCACCACCUACAUCAACACUAUUUGGUGGAAACAAUGGCUUAAAUCAUGAGUAUAAUCCCAGUUAUACACCCGACAGCGGUUACAAUGGUGGUGGCAAUGGUGGCGGUGUUGGUGUCGCCAAUCCGAGUGCCGGGCCGCAACCCAUAAUGCCACCUCCGCCAAUGCCAAAUAUUAAUCCAUUGGAUAACAUUAGUGGACGAAGUGGCAUGGGUGGAGCGCCGCGUGGACCUAAUAAUGGCAAUGAUGAUUUUAAUUCCACAUGGAAUAUGAAUAUGUCGUGGACAUCAAUGGAUAAUUCCAAUUUAUCUAACUCAUCUUACACGCCUGAAAGCAUAGAUACACCCGUUUCACCGCCACACUUUGAGCGUGAGGCUAGUAGCAGCAUUGCCGCGACUAUAGAAUAUAAUGAGCAUCAUACAAGCAAUGUUUUGAUAUCACAACAAGAUGUUGAUCAUCGUACAUUGCAUUUGCCAGCAUUCGAUCUGCCCGCUGUGGAUUUAGGUGUUAAAUUGGGGCUGAGUAAAGAUAAAACACGUCAAUUGGAUAUCGAUCAUAGAAAUUUGAUUUCGUUGACCGGUUCGCCGGGUGGAAGUGAUGGUGACAAAAAAUCAUGGCUCUCACAGGAUGCGAGUUUUCUUGACAAUACAACAGGCGAUGUGGAUUACCGUGCGCUGCCAAUGCCGGUACCUGCUUUAGAUUCAUCAGAUGCGGAACCACCUGGCUUGAUGGCGCCGCCGCCUCCUAGCUUUCAGAAGAAGACGAAUUCUCCGCAAAAAAACAAUGCCAGCUCGUCAUCGGACAAAGAAGAUUCUGGUAGUGCGCGCUAUGAUCCCUCCGAUAUGGUUAUCGAUAUGGACAUGUCCGAUGAGGAUCUUGAUGAAAUUUUGAGAGAGGUGAAUGAGCAAACAAGCGACCAGCUGGAUAGUUCACAGCAAUCGAUAGGCAGUGGUGAUGCAUCACUACUCGAUACAUCCAAGGAUCUAAAUGAAGAAGAGCAGCUUAGUGCCGUUAGUGUGAGGCCAGCAUUGUUGGAAACACCGCCCGAAUAUGUGCCACAACCGGUCUGGGACAGCAACCAGUUAGAUCAAAUCAACAUGCCAACUUAUGAGCCACAAAAUAUAGGCAUCAAUAUGGAAAUGCAAGAGCACCAGCAACAGCAAGAAAUGUGGAAUCAAGCGCCUUGGCAUAAUGGUGGCCAUGGCCGUGGUGGCGGUAAUGUGCCGCCGCCUCCGCGCCCACCCUUCCCCUUGCCCUUUGGUAAUUUCCCUAUGAAUGCUAACUAUCGUGGCGGUCGUGGUGGAGGAGGUGGCGGUCCUGGUUGGGGCAAUUCACCGCAACAAAAUCAUUUUCGUAACGAACGAUUUCCACGUCCCCCACGUGGCGGCGGUCAUGGCGGCAGCCCCUACUACAAUCGUGGCGGCGGUGGCAGAGGUGGUGGAAUGCGAGGCGGUUUUCGUGGUAAAUUUCGCGGUAAUCAAGCGUGGUUAUAAUUUUAAUGUAACACUUACAAAUGAAAUAUUUAAAAUGUAAAGAGAUGAGCAGAAAGCUAUAUUUUUUUCUUACAUUCUUACAGAAUGUUAUAUGAAGAUUGGAAACUAAAGAACUUUAAAAAUUUCAAAUAGCUGGUAAUAUUUAGUUUAAGUAUGGUACAUAAAUUAUGUUACAUAUAUAUGAUGAAAAUCCAUGCGAGAUUGACUGGGCGAAUAGUGCGCGCUAAAUUGCUUUGUACUGAAAGCAAAGUGUUCGAAUCAAAAAAGAGAAAAUGGGUGGCUUAGGACUGUAGUAGGCGACAAUUAUAAGAGAGCUCUGCAACAUUGAACGCAUGCGCGCUUACGUCCAGUCAAACUGGCUAAACGCUACUUAUAGAAACAUAAUUUAAUUACAACUGCACAACUUCAUUAGCUAGCAUACGAUAUACAACCACAUGUAUGUACAUUUAAGUACUAAAACAUAUUUUUACUGUUCUAAUGUACUAAUUAUGUUUAACUUUAGUGCUAUAUUAUGUUUAAAUUACGAUAUUCGAUAUGAGCGCAACGUAACUCUACCAGCGAUUAAUGUUGGCAGAGCAAAGCAUACUCAUAUUUUUUCUGUUUUCCAAAAUCCAAAAGGAGAUUCCCUGCCUUGUUUCGACUAUCAUAAUUUCUCUUGAGUUAGAGCUAAAAGCUCGCAACUUAUACAAUUUGCUGGUAGAGGUUAACAAAUUACUACAUUUUUUAGAGUACACUCUGUUUGUUGCCUUUACUUUUGCGCACCCGAAGUGUGGUAAAUUUCAUUUUUCAUUGAAAUUCUAUAACCAUUACAAUAACAAAUCAUCCUACAUACAAAUUUUAAUCGAAAUUGUACAUAGGUUUUAUGUUAUUUUGAAAUGUGGCAAUGACCUGCAAGCUGACAACAAUUAAGGCGGUUCCCCCUAGCAGUGAUAUUCUUGUGCGUCCUUUUGACAAACCGGUCGAAAAUAUAGUGGCGUUCAAAAUACUAGCAGCAAAAUUCAAAAUGAUGCUGCUGGUAUCUAAUAUAGAUCGACCCAUAUUUUAAAUGAAAAUUAUCAACAAUAAAUAAAUAAGGAUAAGUUGCCAACAGCAUCAUUUUGAAUUUUGCUGCUAUUAUUUUGAACGCCACUGUAUGUGCGUAGCUAACAAGAUUGAUAGAUCGUGCGUAACAUCGCAUAAAACGCAGAAUAGCUGCAUAUACAUAUUUCUACUUCUAUGCGUAAAAUAUCAAACGCACGCAUAUGGAUAUGCAUGCUUUGGAGGUGCGCCUUAAGAAAUUAACGAAAAUCGAGAGUAAAACAGGAAACUAUUCGCACACAACAGCAUCCAAAAAUUCAAAUCCUUUCACAUUUCACAUUUGAUUCUUUCCUUAUAUAUUUUUUUCUUUUGAUAAUUAUCGCUACCCUCGACUACCUACCCUCCCCCUACUACUACAACAACAAUUCACAAAAUACAUAGAGUUAACAAAUAUGAAUGUUUAUCAAAUAAAAAUUAACAAUAAAGUGUUUGCAUUACUUG